UCCGGAAACCUGAGGGCGGGGUCCUUGGGACCCCCUAGGGCCCGCCCCAAACGUGCCUGGCCCACUGUGUCCGCUGCUUCCUCUUCCCCUUCCCGGGCAGUCCUGUCUUUGCAUGCUCAGCCCUGGACACCUCCUCCUGGAAGCCCCCUGGGCGGCUGUUGGAGUGAUCGCGGACUCAGUGCUUUAUAGGAAGCCAGGGCUGGACGACGUGGGUCUGGCCAGGGCUUAGCCAGGACCCCGCCCCCAGCCCGGGCCUCAGACCCCACCCGCUUCUGCUGUCCUUUCCUACUGCUUCCGCCUGUGGUUUGACCUCGUGUGUUCUAAGUCAGCCACAAUGUCAGCAGCCAAUAGACAGAAGAGACUGAGACAUUCAUCUGGAACUGGGGAAUCAGUGACAUUCAAGGAUGUGGCUGUGGACUUCACCCCAGAGGAGUGGGGAUACCUGGGCCCUUCUGAGAAGGAGCUGUACAGGGAUGUGAUGCUGGAGAAUUAUGGGCACCUGGUCCAUCUGGGACUCAGUGUUUCCAAGCCAGAUGUGAUCUGCCACUUAGAGAGAGGGGACCCUCCUUGGAAGCCAGUGAUUAAAGCCCCAAGGACCAGCUUUCCAGAUGGUGAGACUAGGUUGGAAACCAUGGGGUCAUCUGUAGAGGGGAACAUUUCUCUGGAGACAUUUUCUCAGAAAAAUCUCAAAAGGGCUAGUGUAUUGACCUCCAGCUGGAGAGAAACCUGGAAACCUGGUGCCAGUUUGGGCAGGCAUCAAAGUUCUAAGGAGAAACAUUCUUGCAAUCCCUAUAUUUUCACCAUGGCUGGCGGCAAACGUGCUCUCGAGGAGAAAAGUGAACCAUCUCGUAAGCGCAAGUCAAUAGACUUGGAAAUGAAAAUGAACAUAAUUAGAAAAUAUGAAGGAGGACAAAAAUUGUCAUCGAUAGCACGUGAACUUAGCCUUGCGGUCUCGACUGUGAACACCAUAGUGAAGGAUGCUGCCCGGAUAAAGGACCAUGCAGAAGACAGUACUUGCAUGAAGUUGACUUAUCUGUCAAAACACAGAGAAGGUGCUAUUCUAGAGAUGGAAAAACUAUUAACUGUGUGGAUCGAAAGCCAAAAUCAGAAGAAUAUUCCUUUAAGCUUAAUGGCAAUUCAAGACAAGGCUCGAAGCCUCUUUGAAGAUUUAAAGGUAAAGUACCCUGAAGGAACACAGGUAUUUACAGCAAGCAGUGGUUGGUUUGCACGAUUUAAAAAUCGUGCAGGAUUUCAUAAUAUGCAUGUGUCAGGAGAGGCUGCUAGUGCAGCUAUUGAAGCAGCAAAGAAGUUCCCAGAGUUCCUGCAAAAAAUAAUAGAUGAAGGUCCCUACUUGCCAGAGCAAAUCUUCAAUGUAGACAAAACCGUCCUCUUUUAUCAAAAAAUGCCAUCUCGGACCUGUAUCUCAGUUGGGGGAAAAACUAUGCUGGGGCAUAAAGCUUCAAAAAAUAGAGUUACUCUUCUGCUUGGAGGGAAUGCAUCUGGGACUUGCAAAUUAAAACCUGCUGUUGUGCACCACUCAGAAAAUCCUAGAGCAUUGAAAGGAAUCAGCAAGACAACACUACCUGUGCAUUAUUUUGCUAACCCUAAGACAUGGAUAACCCUCGAUAUCUUUGAACAGUGGUUUAUGCACUGCUUCAUUCCUGAAGUGGAGAAGUUUUGUAAUGAUAAUGGCCUUCCUUUCAAAAUUCUACUGAUUUUGGACAAUGCCCCAGGUCACCCUCUCCAUCUGGAUGAUUUUAAUGAAAAUGUAAAAGUGGUCUACCUUCCCCCUAAUACUACCUCAUUAUUACAACCUAUGGACCAAGGAGUGAUUGCGGAUUUCAAGGCCUAUUAUUUACGUAUUACAUUUGCCCAGGCAAUUGCAGCUUUGGAUGCAGAUAAAGACUUGACACUGAGAGAUUUCUGGAAGUCCUAUAACAUUUACCAUGCAAUCCAGAAUAUUGCUAAGGCUUGGGAAGAUGUAACAGAAGUAUGUAUGAAGAAAGUCUGGAAAAAAGUGUGCCCGCAGCUUGUUUCUGAUUUUAGUGGAUUUGACAAAGAUGAAACGUUAAAAGAAGUGAGUAACAAGAUUGUAAAAUUAAAGCAAGAAUUGGAGUUAAAAGUGGAUGAAAGUGAUGUGGAGGAGUUGAUUAAGUCUCACAGAGAAGGACUGUCGAAUGAGGAUCUGAUUGAGCUGCUAGCUUCAAAGAUCGAAGAAGAAGAAAGGGAAGCUUCAGAACCUGACGUUGAACCAAAAAGGUUCACAACAAAACAGCUGGCAGAAGCAUUUCAUCAUUUGAGUGAAUUUUUUUCUUCUAUUGAAAAGAUGGAUCCAAAUACUUCAAGAUUUUUUAAAGUUCAAAGACUAGUUGAGGAUAAUGUUGCUUGCUAUCGUCAGAUAUAUGAGGAAAAAAAGAGAGCCACUGUCUAAACAUUCUCAAUAGCUUCAUAAAAAAAACAGUUAUGUAGCCAACCACAAGUGAUAAAGGCUAGGUGUAGUGGGUGGGAAAGGAGCAACAUACUGUACAUCUACGUUAACUUUACGGCACAGUGCUGUGCAUACUCUAUCAUUAACUUUGCCUGUCAUUUCAUAAUUCUGCUUAUUAUAGUACAGUAUUUAAUAUGCCUGCAUUUUAGUACAUUUUAAGAGGUGUGUAAAGGUAUUCUUUUUUAUAUGCCUUUGUUAUGUAGGCUAAGUAAAGUGGAUGGGUAGAGGCAAAUUCUCAUUAUGUAAAAACCACUUUAUGUAGAGGUCUGCAUAACAGUUCCCUUAUGUAAAGUGAGAACUGUCUGUAUAAUGAAUAAAGAAAAGCCUUCAAGUCUAGUCCAUGAACUCCUGUGUGAUAACAGAUCCUGGAGAGAAAUCUCAUAAAGUUAAUAAAUGUCAGAAGCUUUCCCCCCUGAGAAUAUAACUUAUUGGACAUCAGAGAAUUCUUAUUGUAGAGAAAGCUUAUGAACAUGAUGAUUAUAGUAAGGUGUACAGUCACAACCAAUCCCUUUCUUCUCAUCACAGGACUGAUAUAGGGGAGAACUCUUGUGAAUAUCUUGAAUGUAGGAAAGGCUUCAGAGGAAGCAAAGACUUUACAAAGUACCAAAAAAUUCAUACUGGAGAGAACCCUUUUGAAUGUCAUGUAGAUGGAAAGGAGUUUUCAAGGGCAGCCCUUUCUUCCCAUGUGAGAAUUCAUUCAGGAGAGAAACCUCGAGAAUAUCAUUCAGUAUUAACACAAGUCUUACCCAGCAUGUGAGAAGUCAUACUAGAGAUAAACCUUGUGGGAAACCCUGAAUGUGGGAAGCCCUUCUACAAAAAGGCACAUCUUAACCAGCACAUGAGAAGUCAUGCUGAAGAGAAACUUCAUGAAUGUCCUGAAUGUGGGGAAACCUUCUGUUGUAAGGCAUAUCUCAAUCAGCAUAUGAACAUUCAUAAUGGAGAAAAGUCAUAUGAAUGUCCUGAAUGUGUGAAGGCCUUCUACCGAAAGACAUAUCUUACUCAACAUAUGGGAAUUCAUACUGGAGAGAAACCUUAUGAAUGUCCUGAGUGUGGGAAGACCUUCUUCAAAAACAAACAUCUUACCUAGUAUGUGAGAAUUCAUUCUGGAGAGAGACUUAUAAUGAAUUGUAAUGACUGUGAGAAGACCUUCAGACAAAGGGGAAGCUUGACUCAACAUCAGAGAAUUCAUACAAGAAAGAAACCUUAGGAAUGACUUCUGAUGAUGUGACCAACAAGAUCUAGGACAAGAUAUCUUCUCUCAUCAUCAGGAUUUUUCAAACCCUUCUAAAGUAGCAAUUAUGUGAAAGAAAACCCAUUUCUGUUGCCCCCAUAGUCUAGAACACCAAGAACUCUAAUAGGAUAAAACAUUAUGAGUGUCAUAAAUUUAGAGUGAUGAACUUAUAUUCUACAUUAACAAAUACAUGCUGGAGAGAAACCUUAUGAAUAUAAUGAUUGACAGUAGGCCUGCUGCCUUAGCAUUCCAGAUUAAUUCAGUAAGUAUCUAUUGAAUGUGCACUGCAUGGAAGUUUCUGUGCCUAGUGGUGGCACUGCCCUCAGGAAUCUCACAGUCUCCUGGGGAAAAACACCAUUCUCUAGAAAAGCUGGUUCACAAAUUUUGUCAGUUUAAAUCAUGAGUGAUACCCUUCCAUCAGUGAACAAAACUGACACAACUUCAGAUAAUUCACACUAGAUAGAGAACUUAGGGAUAUGAGAAGGCCUUGUGCCCAUUCACAGAACUUCAUGAGUAUCAAGAAAAUUCAGAUUGCAGAAUAUGCCAAUAACAAUGUCAGUUGGCCUGCAACUGUUAGUCAACCUUUGCUUUCCAUCUUGGAAAUAUGUUAUAGAUACAGACUCCACUGAGGCAAUAAAUAUAGGGAGACGUGAAGCUGUUAACAGAAAUGUUUUCUUCACAUUAUUAAACUCAUACUGGGAAAUUGUUAUUACGAAAUAUGCCAAGGCAGUAACUGUUUUGAAAGUCAUCAAAAUUUGUCCGAGCCAUAUGGCAAGAUCCAUUUUCUGUCCUGUCACAAUGACAAGAGGCUUUUACAACAUUACCAACUCCACAUGGACAAAUAAAUACAUUCAUACAGUCCUA